UAAGACAAAAAAUAAAAAAUUGAAAAUCUAAAAUACACAAAAAAGAAAAAUUCAUGCAAAAUGGAACGAGCCAGAGAUAUUUUAUCUUUAUUACAAGAACGUAUCGUUUAUUUAAGUGGUGGCCGAGAUCGUAGAGGUGGACCGUUAUUAUUAUUUCCGGCAAAUCCACGUAGAGAACGUUUAAAACCGGAAGACCUUAGACGUUUACUUAGUUACUUAAUUAUGAUUCCAAGUGAUUCAGCUAAAAACUUAGGAUUUACUAUUAUAAUAGAUAUGCGAGGAAAUGGCAAUUGUGCUACUAAUGUGAAGACAAUACUCAAAGUGCUACAAGAGCAUUUUAGUGCUAAUAUUAAUAAUGUAGUUAUAAUAAAACCCGAUAAUUUUUGGCAAAAACAACGCGCCUCCGUUUCUAGUCAUAAAUAUAAGUUUGAAAGUCAAACAAUUUCAAUAGAUGCCCUUAAUAAAAUUGUUGAAACACAUCAGCUGACAACAGAUUUCGAUGGUACACAACCAUAUGAUAAUCAACAAUGGAUUGAAGCACGUUUAGCUAUUGAAGAUUUCUUUUGGCAAGCUAGUGAUAUGGUAGAUCGUAUUGAUGAUUUACAAGAAGAUUUAACACGUAAUGAUUUUGCUGAAGAUGUUAAUGGUGCUAAACAUAGUUUAGAUCAUCACAACGAAAUGAAAAAGAAAAUAUGUAAAUUACCAGUUGAUGACAUUAAAAUUCAAGGUCAACAAUUAAUUGCAAAAUUAAAUACUAUAACAUCACAUCAUCAUCAACAUCAUCAACAGCAACAAUCACAACAGCAACAACAGCAACAACAACAACAACAGCAACAAUCUGGAAUAUGUGAUGAUGGAUCUCAUUCAUCAUCAUCAUCACCAGCUGGUUAUAAUCGUUCAACAAAUCAACAGCAACCGCAGCAACAGUCACAACAGCAAUCAAAUCAUCAGCAACAACAAAAUUCAGCACAUCAACCAACAACUGUUGCAAAUCCAGAUAUGUCAGCAGCAAUUAAAGUUGCAAUGCGACAAAUUGAACUAAUACAUAACGGUCAACAACAUUUAUUAACAAUGUGGCAACAUAAAAAAACCAAAUUAGAUCAAUGCUUUCAAUGGCGUCUGUUUGAGCAAGAUUGCGAGAAAAUGUUCGAUUGGAUAUUACAUAAUCGGGAUGUUUUUCAAAUGAGUUACGUUGAAAUUGGACAUAACUAUUCAGUUGCAAAAAGUUUACAAGAUGAACAUCAAAAAUUUGCUGUUGCUUCAAUGAAUGUUUCUGUAAAUAUUGAUAGGAUAUUAGCGGUUGCUGCACGUUUAAUUGAAAGUAAUCAUUAUGCUGCACAGCAUAUUAAAACAUUAGCAACACGUUUAGAUCGUACAUGGAAAGAUUUUGCUGCCGGUUUAGAUGAACGAACCGCUGUCUUACAAUUAAGUGUUUUAUUUCAUCAUAAAGCUGAACAAUAUUGUAAUAGUGUUUCAUCAUGGGCUGCAGCAUGUCAAGCAUCACAACCAUUACCAUCUGAUAUACAAAGUUUAGAAACUGCAAUUAGAACACAUCAAUCAUUAUAUGAGGCAAUGUGCCAGGCCUAUACCGAAGUACAUUCAACUAGUAAAAAAUUAUUAUAUCAAUUAGAUCAUUUAGUUCAGGUAUGUAAUCAACCACCUCCUCCUGGUGUUCCAGAUCAUCGAAAAAAUUCAAGUUAUAAUAAAUAUGAAAGACAAAAUCCAGCUGCCGAUUAUAGUGAAGGUGCUUCACAUGUUUUAGCUGUGAUACAUCAAAUACUCGGCCAUCAUCGUUCAUUAGAAGCGAAAUGGCAUCAAGAAAAAAUUAGAUUACACCAAACAUUAGCUCUAAGAUUAUUUCAAGAAGAUGUUAAACAAGUAUUAGAUUGGUUAAAAAAUCAUGGUGAAGUAUUUUUACGUAAAAAUACUGGUAUUGGUAGAAAUUUACAAAAGGCAAGAGUCUAUCAAAAGAGUCAUGAACAUUUUGAAAACGUUGCCCAAAAUACAUAUAGUAAUGCUGAAAAAUUACUGUCAGCUGCUGAUGAUCUUGCACGAUCCGGUGAAGCUGAUCCAAAUGAAAUUUAUUCAGUGGCACGUGAAUUAGAAUUACAAGUUGCAUCAUUCGCUGAAAGAGUUGAACAACGUCGUCGACGUUUAGAUAUGGCUGUUAUAUUUUAUACUCAUGAAAAAGAAUUAACUGCGUGGAUAGAUACACUACGUACAGAAGUUUCAACAGAUGAGACCGUAUUAUCACAAGAGAAUCUUGAAGGAAUUGAACGUGUAAUGCAGCAAUAUCAAGAUCAACAAGAUAGUACAUUAAAUGGUUGUAUGCAAACUAUAGCACAAGGUGAAGCAUUAUUACAAGAAAUGCGUUCAUUAGAAUAUGUUGAUAAUACCGGUUCAAUAUCGGCAUUAGAAUCAACAUUAGAAAAGUUAACAAAACAAAAAAUUGAAUUAGAAGAAUUAUGGUCAGCACGUAAAUUUCGUGCUGAUCUAAUAUUACGUUUAAGAUAUUUUGAACGUGAUGCAUUAGAGGUAUCAUCACAAUUAGAAUUAUGGUAUGAAGAAUUACAACAUGCUGAAUUAUCUAGAGAUUACCAAAAAGCUGAACAAUUAUUAAGGAUGCAUAAUGAAUCUGUUUCACAUAUACAGAAUACAACAUAUGAAGUAUUACAACAGGGUCAAGAUUUACAUGCAAUGUUUGAAUCAGCUGGUUUUAUAGCAAUGGCAGAUUCAACCCAUACUGCACAAGCACGUAUUCAACAUUUAUUGGACUUUUUACAUCAAAGAGAAAUGGAAUUAGAAGAUUCAUCAGAACUGAAAAGAUCACAAUUAGAACAAGCUGUCCAAUUGUGCCAAUUUCAAAAUGAUGCAAAUCAAGUUAUUUCCUGGAUACGCAAUGGUGAAGCUAUGUUAGUAGCAAGUUUUGUUACACCAAAUAGUCUUACAGAAGCAGAACAAUUGCGUAAAGAACAUGAACAAUUUCAAGUUGCUAUUGAAAAAACUCAUACCUCGGCUGUUCAAGUAAAAUAUCGUGCUGAUGCAUUAAUUAAUGCAAACCAUUAUGAUCCACAAUCAAUACGUGAAAUAUCAGAUGAUGUUACAAAAAAAUGGCAACAACUUGUUACAUGUGCUGAAGAACGGCAUAAAUUAGUUACAGCUUCAAUAAAUUUUUAUAAAACUGCUGAGCAAGUAUGCAGUGUUUUAGAUAGUUUAGAAAGAGAAUAUCGUCGUGAAGACGAUUGGUGUGGUGGUGGGGGUUCAAGUGACCGAGCCCAAGCUAUUGUUCAACUAAUUGCUAAACAUCAAGAACAAAAAGAAGCUUUCUUGAAAGCAUGUACAUUAGCUAGGCGUACUGCAGAGACUUUUUUGAAGUAUGCAGGACGUUCCCAGCAAUAUUAUAAAUAUCAACCACAAGGUAAUUGUGAGCAGCGUGUUAAGGAAAUAUUAGAUAAACUAUUGGCACAAGAAAAUCAAGUAUUAGAAUUUUGGACACAGCGUAAAAAGAGUUUAGACCAAUGUCAACAAUUUGUACUUUUUGAACGUUCAGCUAAACAGGCAAUUGAGUGGAUUCACAAUACUGGAGAAGCAUAUUUAUCAUCUAGAACUAAUCUUGUUGGUAAAUCACGCGAAGAAACUGAAGGUUUUCUUAAAGAACACAAUGAAUUUAGAAGUACUGCUAAAGAAACAAGAGAGCGAGUUAAGUUGCUAAUACAAUUAGCUGAUAGUUUAGUUGAAAAAGGACACGCUCAUGCUAGUUCUAUUAAACAAUGGGUUGCAGCUGUAGACAAUAGGUACAAAGAUUUUAGUAAUCGUAUGGACACAUACCGUGAACAAUUGGAAAAAUCACUUGGUUUAUCAGUACCAGCUGUAACACAAGACGAGACAAGUUCAAAUCUAAGUUCAACUUCAGGUUCAUCAGGUGAUCGACAUUCAGAUCCGUCUUUAGAAGCAAAACUUGGACAGUCAACUGCUUCCAAAGAAGUUAAUGAAGAAAAAAGAAAAUCAGCACGCCGCAAAGAAUUUAUAAUGGCUGAAUUAAUGCAGACAGAACGCACAUAUGUUAAAGAUUUAGAAAUUUGUAUAAAACACUUCUUAAAAGAAUUUCGUAAUGGUUUAAAUGUGCCACAGCAAUUAUUAGGAAAAGAAGAUAUAUUAUUUGGUAAUAUUGAAGAAAUUUUUAAUUUUCAUGAAAAGAUUUUUCUAAAAGAACUCGAAAAAUAUGAAACAAUGCCAGAAGAUGUUGGACAUUGUUUUGUAACAUGGGCUUCCAAAUUUGAUAUGUACGUCCAUUAUUGUAAAAAUAAACCAGUAUCAAAUAACUUAUUAGUACAACACGGUGGUACAUAUUUUGAAGAAUUACAACGUAAACAUAAAGUAGAGCAUCCAUUGCCAGCAUUUUUAAUAAAACCAGUACAGAGGAUAACAAAAUAUCAAUUACUAUUAAAAGAUUUACUAUCAUGCUGUGAAGAAAGUCAUGGUGAAAUAAAAGAAGGUCUUGAAGUUAUGUUAAAUGUACCGAAAAAGGCAAAUGAUGCGAUGCAUUUAUCAUUACUAGAAAAUUGUGAUGUUUCCAUUGAUAGUUUGGGUGAAGUUGUAUUACAGGAUUCCUUUUUAGUAUGGGACAAUAAACAAAUAAUUCGUAAAGGACGUGAUCGUAGAGUUUUUCUAUUUGAAUUAUAUUUAUUAUUUGCAAAAGAAGUUAAAGAUUCUAGUGGUUCCGUAAAGUACCAAUUUAAGAGUAAGCUAAUGACCACCGAACUAGGAAUUACUGAACAUAUAGAAGGCGAUGAAACUAAAUUCGCUGUAUGGACUGGACGAGCACCUAUGCUCUCUGACUGUAGAAUAGUUUUAAAAGCGAAUAGUUUAGAAGUUAAACAGAUUUGGGUUAAACGCUUACGUGAAGUUAUUCAAGAAACAUGUUUUUCUGGUACAUCACUGACAUUACCUAAAUCACCAGCUAAAGCUUCUGCUUCUGGAUCAUCCCAAAGAUCGUCACGCGAUCUCGAUGAACAAUUAACUGAAAAUGAUCAUGACAGAUGCUCUUUAGCUAGUUUCGGUUCUGGCAAUACAACUGAUAGUGAUAACAAGGUUGGUAAUUUAGAAGUAACAUGGGUGGUGUCUGAUUAUACAGCAACACCUGGAACAAAUGAAUUAAGUGUGAUAAAAGGACAACAAGUUGAAGUUGUUGAAGUAUCGAGUGCCAAUGAGCCAGAUUAUUGUUUAGUAAGAUUAAAUCCACAAACAGAUGAUGGUCCUGCACGUGAAGGUCUUGUACCAAUAUCAAUAUUAAAACCACCACCUGGUUCACAGAAAUCAACAAGUUUAAGAAAAGAAAAUGAUGUACAAGAGCAAGGUAAUAGCCGUGCUAAAAGCGGAGACGCAUUGUCUUCAUCAUCAACAAAACGGAAAGGAUUUAGCGGGCGAAAAUGGUUACCACCUCCAUUAAGGAAAUUAUCACAAGGUAAAGUUGAUAAACCAUCAGAUAGAUCGUUAAUUAAAAAGAAUUCAGAAAAGAACAUGAGGUUACCUGAAAAACAUAAUGAAGAUGAUGAAAAUCAAAUGGCAUCAUCAACAAAUCAAAAUUCUGGUCAAGAUUUAGAACCAGAAGAAGAAGCACAUUUAGAAUUACCACCACCAAUGAAACCAAUUCAAGAACCAUGUUUAAUGUCAAAUGGACCACCGUCAGCUAAAGAAAAUUCGAGUAACAUGGCAAAUACAUUCAAGAAGAUUGAAGGAAAUGCUCCUAUUGAUAUAUCAGAAAUUGAACAAAUAGUCAAAGAGAAAACAGAACAACAUGAAGUUAAAUCCAAGUUCCUUAAACCAGCAAUAGAUGUAAGCAAUAGUGAUAACAGUGACAGUUUGGAAUCACACUAUUCAAAAUUAAAUUUAAAUGAUAACAAUGAUACUGAUAACAAUGACGAGAAUAAUGCCGAAGCAAAUGAUGUUGAAGCUGCUACAAAGAAGAGACUUUGUGCUUUACAAGAACUCAUCUCAACUGAAGAGCUUUAUAUUCAAGAUUUAUCAGAAAUUGUCAAUGGGUAUUUAGCUGAAAUUCGGAAUAAAGAUAGUGAAAUACCUUUGCCAGAAGAUUUGGUUAAAAAAGAGAAAAUUGUUUUCAUAAAUAUUGAACAAAUUUAUGAAUGGCAUAGAGACUUCUUCUUUAAAGCACUUCAAGGUUGCUUAAAAACACCAUCAGAAUUGGGACCUAUGGUCAAAAAAUAUGAAAGAAAAUUUCAGAUGUAUCAUAUUUAUUGUCAGCAGAAACCUUUAUCAGAGCAUGUAGUCACAGAAAAUCAAGUAUAUUUUGAUCAAGUUAGACAAAAAUUAAAGCAUCGUUUAGAUUUGAGUGAUAUGCUUAUUAAACCAGUACAAAGAAUAACUAAAUAUGAACUUUUAUUGAAAGAAAUUACAAAACAAACCGAACGUGCUGGAUUUGUUGAAGAUGUUGCAGGAAUGCGUGAAGCAUAUAAUGUUAUGAAGGUUGUAUGUAAAACAAUAAAUGAUAUGAUGGAUGUUAGAAGAUUACAAAAAUUUGAGGGUAGAAUUGCAGCGCAAGGAAAAUUAUUGUUACAUGGUCCAUUAUUAUGUACAGAAGAUACACAAAAUUUUGAUCGUAAUGCCAGUUUUGUUCAAAAGCCACGUGAACUUCAAGUAUUUCUAUUCGAGCAAAGUAUUAUAUUUUCAGAAAUUGUAGGCAAAAAGACACAAUUUACACCGCCAUUAUACGAUUAUCGAUCUCUUAUACAAGUUAACAAAAUGUCACUUCAGGAAUUGCCAAAUAAUCGUUUCCUAUUAAAAUCAACAGAUCCAAAUAGAACCGAUAUACCAAGCUUUAUAUGUUAUGCACCAUCAAUAGAACAGAAUCGUGAAUGGUUAGAAACAAUACGUAAUAUUUUGAAGGCACAAAAUGAUUUUCUAAGAAAAAUUCAAAGCCCACUCUCAUAUCCGGAUCCUUAAAAAUAAUAAAACAAAUUUUAUGUAAUCGGUAAAAAAAAAAAAAAAACAAAAAUCAAAAAAUUAAAAAGUUUAUUUAAAAAGAAAAUAAAAAUUAUAAAACAAUAUUUAUGCAAAAUAUCUAAAAAACAAAUAAAUAAUGAUAUAUGUAUAUAUAUAUAAACCUUAUAUAUACAUAUAUAAAAAUAAAUUGAUUUAAAUGUAUGUAUAUAAAUUAUUGAUUCAAUCUUACUUAGAAAUACAAAACAAAGAAUAAAAAUUAUAUAUUAAAACAAAAUAUUAUAUACAUGAGUAACAAUAAAUACAAAAAGAAAACAAAAACAAAUAUAAAUAUAAAUGUUUAAUUUAAUUAUUAUUAUUAAAUAAAAAAUAUUAAAAAAAAAAGAAAAAAGAAAUAAAGUAUAUAAAAUAUAUUAAAAAAAAAUAAUAACAUAAUGUAAACUAAACAAAAUUAUAAGAAAAAUGAUAUAUACAUAUUGAAAAAAAAAAUUAAAUAUAAUAAAUAAAUAUAAAUAUAUUUUAGGUAAUUUAAAUAUUUAAAAAUAGAAACUUAAAUAUAUCAGUUUAUUUUUAUUUUUAUUUUCUUUAUUAUUAAAAAACUUACAACACUAAUUUAAAGUUUUAAAUAUAUUUUUUUUUGUAGUUUUAAAAAAUGAAAAAAGAUUUUAUUUAAUAAUAAACUUAAUUAUUCAUUAACAUACACAUUUUAUAUAUUUUAAUAUAAAAAAAAAAUUAUUAAAAUUAGCAUUUUGAGCUUUAAGUCAUAAAUUAAUUUCAAAUUAAG